AUGAGCGCGCAGGCCGGCGGCGCCGGGGAAUUCCGCCGCCCCGCCCCCGCCCGCCGCCCGCCCGGCCCGGCCCGGCGCCCCCCGCAGCCCCGGGCGCCGCGCGUCCAGCCCGGCCUGCGGCCCCAGCCCCUGCGCCGCUCUCCCGACCCGCGAUCGUCCGCCGGACCGUGCCACCUGGCCGCUCGGCCUGCCCGCGUGUGUGUGUUUUGGUCUGGGCUGGCCUCUGGGCCGUCAGUCCCCACUGGUUGGGCCAUGCCGAGUCGCCGCGUCGCCAGAUCGUCCGCUGCGCCGGAGCUGGGGGCCUUGGGGGCCGCGGACCUCUCCUCGCUCUCGCUCGCCGUUUCUAGGACCACGGAUGAAUUGGAGAUCAUCGACGAGUACAUCAAGGAGAAUGGCUUCGGCCUGGAGGGGGCGCAGCCGGGCCCGGGCGAGGGGCUGCCGCGCCUGGUGUCUCGCGGGGCGGCCUCCCUGAGCACGGUCACCCUGGGCCCCGCGGCGCCCCCGCCCCCGGCCACGCCGCCGCCCUGGGGCUGCCCCCUGGGCCGGCUGGUGCCCCCGGCUCCGGGCCCCGGGCCGCGGCCGCACCUGGUCAUCACCGAGCAGCCCAAGCAGCGCGGCAUGCGCUUCCGCUACGAGUGCGAGGGCCGCUCGGCCGGCAGCAUCCUCGGGGAGAGCAGCACAGAGGCCAGCAAGACGCUGCCCGCCAUCGAGCUCCGGGAUUGUGGAGGGCUGCGGGAGGUGGAGGUGACCGCGUGCCUGGUGUGGAAGGACUGGCCUCACCGCGUUCACCCUCACAGCCUCGUGGGGAAAGACUGCACGGACGGCGUCUGCAGGGUGCGGCUCCGGCCUCAUGUCAGCCCCCGGCACAGCUUUAACAACCUGGGCAUCCAGUGUGUGAGGAAGAAGGAGAUCGAGGCCGCCAUUGAGCGGAAGAUUCAGCUGGGCAUCGACCCCUACAAUGCUGGGUCCCUGAAGAACCAUCAGGAGGUGGACAUGAAUGUCGUGAGGAUUUGCUUCCAGGCCUCAUACAGGGACCAGCAAGGACAGAUGCGCCGGAUGGACCCUGUGCUCUCUGAGCCCGUCUACGACAAGAAGUCCACAAACACGUCAGAGCUGCGGAUUUGCCGAAUCAACAAGGAGAGCGGGCCGUGCACGGGUGGCGAGGAGCUCUACCUGCUGUGCGACAAGGUGCAGAAAGAGGAUAUAUCAGUGGUGUUCAGCAGAGCCUCCUGGGAAGGCCGGGCUGACUUCUCCCAGGCCGACGUGCACCGCCAGAUUGCCAUUGUGUUCAAGACACCACCCUACGAGGACCUGGAGAUUGUUGAACCUGUGACAGUGAACGUCUUCCUGCAGCGGCUUACUGAUGGGGUCUGCAGUGAGCCUCUGCCCUUCACAUACCUGCCUCGGGACCAUGACAGCUACGGUGUGGACAAGAAGCGGAAACGGGGGCUGCCCGACGUCCUUGGGGAGCUGAAUAGCUCUGACCCCCAUGGCAUCGAAAGCAAACGGCGGAGGAAAAAGCCGGCCUUCCUGGAUCACUUCCUGCCCAGCCACAGCUCAGGCCCGUUCCUCCCGCCAUCAGCGCUGUUGCCAGACACAGACUUCUUCCCGGGCACCGUAUCCCUCCCAGGCCUGGAGCCCCCCUGCGAGCCGGACCUCCUGGACGACGGCUUUGCCUACGACCCCGCUGCCCCCACGCUUUUCACCAUGCUGGACAUGCUGCCCCCAGCGCCACCACUCAUCAGCGCUGUCGCGGGCAAUGGGGGUGCAGGGGCCGCGGUCGGGGAGCCCCCCGGCCCCGAGCCGCUGACUCUGGACUCGUACCAGUCCCCGGGCCCUGGGGACGGAGGCACUGCCAGCCUCGUGGGCAGCAACAUGUUCCCCAAUCAGUACCGCGAGGCGGGCUUUGGGGGCGGCCUCCUGUCCCCGGGGCCUGAGGCCACGUAGCCCCCGCGGCGCUGGAGGAGAGGCGCUGGGUGGGGAGGGAGGUGGAAGGGGCCGUGCGAACCCAACCAGGAUAUCCAGCACCCCCAUACCCUUGGGCGGCCCUUGGUCAGUCUUCCGACGUUCUCAUCCUUCUGAAUCGGACAUCUUCAGCGCUGGCGAGAAACUCCGUAGCAUCGGUUUCCCCUGAGCCCAUUUUACAAGUGAGAAAACUGAGUCUGGAGAGGAAAAGGGGCUUGCUUGGCUCUCAAGCGCUAGCUUGUUGAAGCUGCUGCCUCAGCCCUCACGAGAGGGGGCACCUUCUCCAGGCGGAUUCUGUUGUGUACAUAUGGGAGGAGGGUGCAGAUCCCCCGCCCUCCGUCCCCAGGCUUGAAGGUGGGGGGUAGGUUGUUUGUUCUGAGUCUUCCCAAUAAAGAUGAGAUUUUGA